AUGGACCGACCUGAAGCUAUCUUUCGCUCAGCGGACAUGUCGCUGGUUCAGCUUUACGUUCCUAAUGAGAUUGCGCGCCAGAUCGUCGCGUCCUUAGGUGAGCUCGGCACUAUUCAAUUUCGCGAUCUCAACUCUUCUCUCAGCAUUUUUCAAAGAACUUAUGUUAAAGAAAUCCGCCGUCUCGAUUCCGUCGAACGCCAACUCCGCUUCUUUAAGUCCCAAAUUCAACAUCGUGCCAUUCCAAUCCUCGCCCCUACUUCAAGUACUGCCACUUCUUCCGCAGCCCCAAACAUUAGUGAUAUCGACCAUCUUGUCGAACAAGCAAACCGUCUAGAAACCAGCAUUCUGGAUUUAACCAAGUCCUACGAUUCUCUUGUUGCUCGCAAAAAUUCACAUAUUGAAAAACGCCACGUACUGGUCGGCUGCGGUCAGUUCUUUGAUAAGGCUAAUCGGGACCCGGGCCAAGUCCGGUUGUCCCUGGAAACCAAUCGCACCGGUGACGAAUAUGGUGAAAGUGCAGGGCUUUUACAAGAACAUCACGACCUUGAAAGCCAUAAUAACGACGAAAACGAAGAUGAACAAGACCUUAUUGUAUCGGCCGGGGUUUCCCCUGGCCUGGCAUCUCUCAACAUUAAAUUUGUGGCCGGAAUUAUACCAAGAAAUAAAGCGGACAUUUUGGAACGCAUCUUAUGGCGAACCCUUCGUGGCAAUCUUUACAUGAACAAGGUACCCAUUGACGACACUUUUACAGACCCCAUUACGGGCAAUGAAAUCACCAAGGACAUUUUCAUUGUGUUUGCCCAUGGCGAUAUGAUUCUUAAACGGAUUCGGAGGAUAUGCGAAUCUCUAGGUGCGUCUAUCCAUUCUGUCGACGAGAGCAUGGCCCGACGGCGUGAAGAAGUGCAACACAUGAAUGCCAUGAUUAGCGAUCUUGAAACAGUCAUCCACAGUACUAGCUUACACCUUUCGACGGAGCUGCGGUAUGUUGCCGACAGACUUGCAGAGUGGUUUGUAGUUGUGCGUAAGGAAAAGGCCAUUUACGGUGCACUCAAUCUUUUCAAUUAUGAUGCCAACCGACGGGUUCUUAUUGCCGAAGGCUGGGUCCCCACUGACGAUAUUCCCACAGUCAAGAAUGAGUUCCGGGCCAUUUCCGAGCAAGCCGGUGCAAGCACAUCAUCAGUUGUGAAUGAAUUAAUCACAAAUAGAACCCCUCCAACAUAUUUCCGUACAAACAAGUUCACGGCCGCAUUCCAGGCUAUUGUUGAUGCUUACGGAAUCUCCACCUAUAAGGAAGUCAACCCAGGUCUUGCAACCAUUGUAACGUUCCCAUUUAUGUUUGCUAUUAUGUUUGGUGAUGUUGGUCACGGUAUACUAGUGGCUCUGGCAGCAUCUGCACUGAUUAUUUUUGAGAAAAAGAUUGCGCAAGCGCAUCGUGAUGAAAUCUCUGACAUGGCCUUUUCAGGACGGUACAUUUUACUUCUCAUGGGGCUUUUCAGUGUGUACACAGGGUUGUUAUAUAAUGAUAUUUUCUCUCGAUCAAUGACAUUAUUCCCAUCUCGAUGGGCAUGGCCCGAAUCAUGGCAAGAGGGCGAAACAAUUGUUGCGACACAAAAGGGGGUUUAUGCAAUUGGACUUGAUUCUGCAUGGCAUGGGACUGAAAAUAAUUUGAUUUUUACAAACUCUUACAAAAUGAAAUUAUCGAUUCUAAUGGGGUUUUGCCACAUGUUUUACUCGCUGUGCUUCUCGCUCGUUAAUUAUCGGUAUUUCCAGUCGCGUGUAGACGUUAUUGGUAACUUUAUACCGUCUGUCAUCUUUAUGCUUUCUAUUUUUGGCUAUUUGUCAAUUACAAUUGUUUACAAGUGGUGUGUCGACUGGCAAAAGGACAAUUUACCUGCUCCAGGGCUUUUAAAUAUGCUCAUUAAUAUGUUUUUAGCUCCUGGCCGCAUUGAUGAUCAACUUUAUAAGGGACAAGCAAUUAUUCAACUUUUACUUGUACUUCUUGCAGCAAUCUGUGUUCCUUGGUUACUUUUAGUAAAGCCUCUAUGGUUACGCAAAAUUAAUGCACAACCUUUGAUUUCUCUCCCUGUAUCAUCAGAUUCACGCAAUAGCAUGUCAGCAGCCACACGUCUACUGGCUGAAGAUCCGGAUAAUCCAGAAUUACAGUCACAUAACUCAUCAUCAAUGCAUAUUGAAGAUUUUGUUGAACCGGAUGACCAUGAAGAAUUUGAUUUUGGAGAAGUUAUGAUUCACCAGGUCAUUCAUACAAUUGAGUUUUGUCUUAAUUGUGUAUCUCACACUGCAUCUUAUUUACGCUUAUGGGCUUUGUCACUUGCACAUAACCAAUUAUCAUCAGUAUUAUGGUCAAUGACAAUUGCUAAUGGGUUUAGUCUAGCACAAAGUGGUGGUGCUUUUGGUAUUGCAGGAAUGGUUUUCUUAUUUGGAGUUUGGUUUGUAUUAACAGUUUGUGUACUGGUACUUAUGGAAGGUACUUCGGCUAUGCUUCAUUCAUUACGAUUACACUGGGUCGAAGCCAUGUCUAAGUUUUUUGAGGGUGAAGGUUAUGCUUAUGAGCCCUUUUCGUUUUCUUCGUGUACUUAUUCAGAUAAUGAUGCUGAAUGA